ACUUAGCCAAAUCAUAUGACCACCAGUUCCCAAAUUAACUCUGGCACUUUUUUUGCAAAGUUGUUGAUAGCAACUGCUACGCCUGCCUUAGUGUGGAGGAGCACUUGGGUCCCCUAUCACCCAGUCCAGCCCCAGAUAGACUUCCCAGCAGAAGCAUCAGGAAUGGAUUUGCAGGGGCUCCGAAACUGGCACCGAAGGAUCUCUGGCGAGCUGGAUUUGGUGGUGGCAUUCUGGCUGCAGCACUCCCAUGACGAAGAAUACGGAGGCUUCUUUACAUGUCUGGGCCAGGAUGGGAAGGUUUAUGAUGACUUGAAAUAUGUCUGGUUGCAAGGGCGGCAGGUUUGGAUGUACAGUCGCUUGUAUCGGAAAGUACCACGUUUCCGGCGUCCUGAACUCCUGCAAGCAGCCAGAGCAGGUGGGGAGUUUUUGCUCCGGCAUGCGCGUGUGGCCCUACCUUCCCAGAAGUGUGCCUUUGUCCUGACCCGGGAUGGGCGUCCGGUGAAAAUCCAGCGCACCAUUUUCAGCGAGUGCUUCUACGUCCUUGGGCUGGAUGAGCUUGGGCGAGCGACAGGAGAAUCCCGAUACCAGAGGGAAGCACAGGCGAUGAUGGAAGCCAUCGUGCGCUGGGUGAGGGAGGACCCCUCUGAGCUGGGGCGCCCACAGUUGGCAGGAGCUGCCCCCCACGACUCCAUGGCAGUUCCCAUGAUGCUCCUCAAUCUGGUGGACCAGCUGUCAGAAGGUGAUGGGGAGGCUGCAAGCCAAUUCAGCGAGCUGGGGAAUUGGGCUGCUAAGCGAAUCCUCAUGCAUGUGCAGAGGAAUGGGACUGCUGUUUUGGAGAAUGUCUCUGAAGAUGGCAAGGAAUUACCAGGGUGUUUGGGAAGACAACAGAAUCCUGGUCAUGCUCUGGAAGCAGGCUGGUUCCUGCUCCGUCAUGCCCAGCGCCAGCAAGACUCAGCCCUCCAGUCCCAGGCUGUGGAGAAGUUUAUAAAGCAGCCGUUCCAUUCAGGCUGGGACCCUGAGCACGGGGGUCUUUUUUCCUUCCAAGAUGUGGAUGGGCUCUGUCCUACUCAGCUGGAAUGGAAAAUGAAGCUUUGGUGGCCACACACAGAGGCGAUGAUUGCUUUCUUAAUGGGUUUUGCGGACACACGAGACCGAGAGCUCUUAGAACUGUUUGAUCAGAUGGCAAAAUAUACGUUUGAUAAGUUCCAUGACUCAGAGGCGGGUGAGUGGUUUGGUUAUCUGGCCCAAGAGGGCAAGGUGGCGCUCACAAUCAAAGGAGGGCCAUUUAAAGGCUGUUUCCAUGUCCCCCGUGCACUCUAUAUGUGUGAAGACAUUCUGGAAACACUCAUAAGGGAAACUGAAUCUAAAAGUGGGAAAUAAGCCACUCCACUGACUCCUGUAUUGAGUCAAAAGCUGGGGCUUCUCCAUAUAAUUUCUCCCGCGUACCUUAAUUCUAAUCACAUUCCUAUCA